CAGAUGAUUUUUUUUCUAUGGUUUGAGUCAUUCAUUUGGUUUCACCAGCAAAAACAACCAACGAUGUCUGAACAGAAAAAUAAACAAUUGAAAAUUAUCUUUCUUUCAUCCGAAGGUGCUGGCCAUAUUAAUGCAUGUGUCGGUUUGGCUCAAGAAUUAGCUAAAUGUGGCCAUGAAAUUUAUUUUUUCAAUAAACCAUCCAAUAUUGGUCAAUUUGAAAAACUUGGCUUCAAAGAAAUUAUCUUGCAUGAAAAUGCUGUCGUUGAUGAUACUGAUAAGAAGCAAGUAAAGACUGAUAAUAAAGAUGAUAAUGAUCAAGGUAAAUUACGUGAAACGAUUAUCAAAUCAAACCUAUUGGCUGAUUUAUCACCAUAUGAUCAAUUGGAUGUUUUUGAUCGUCAUAAGAAUAAGAAUUUUUUUGGUUUUGCAAUAAUCAAUGAUAUUCGGAAAAUUCAUGAACAAAUCCAACAAUCGUUAAGUGAACAAAAACCCGAUCUGGUGAUUGUUGAUUAUAUUCUGAUUCCACCAUGUAUUGCAUAUGGUCAAAUACCAUGGGCAUAUCUUUGCAGUCAUAAUCCACUACAUUUAUUCAAUUCACAAUUGUUACCACCGAUUACAUCGGGUUUGCCAACCGAUAAUCGUUCUGGUUGGGCAGAUUUUUAUGAUAAAUUUCGUAAAACAUAUCAAUCCAGUUUGCAAUAUUGUCAAAAUGAAUUGAACAAACAUUAUCAAUGUCCUGAAGUGAACAAAAAUCAAUUUUUAUUUUUAUCACCACAUUUCAAUAUUUAUGGUUAUCCUGAACAAUUAGAUUAUACGGAUAUUAUUACAUUACCGGAAAAUGUUGUACGUUUGGAUGGAUUUUGUCGUCAACAAUCUACCACCACCACCGAUGACAAUGAUAACAAAACAUUCGAAUUACCCGAAAACAUCAAAACUCGACUGAGUGAUACAGUUAAAUUGAUUUAUUUUUCACUGGGAACAUUUGGUAGUACAAAUGUAACAUUGAUGCAAAAAAUUCUUAAUGAAUUGGCCGGCUGUCCACAUCAAAUAAUUGUUUCUACUGGACAAUCACAUCAACAAUUAUCGCUUUCCGAAAAUAUGUAUGGACAAUCAUAUCUACCACAAAUGUCAAUUUUACCUUUGGUAGAUUUAGUUAUUACACAUGGUGGUAAUAAUACUGUUACCGAAACAAUGUCUUAUGGUAAACCAAUGAUUGUAAUGCCAUUGUUUGCCGAUCAACAUGAUAAUGCACAACGUAUUAUGGAAAAAGGUUUUGGUUAUCGUAUUAAUCCACAUCGUUUUGAAUCGAAUCAAUUGAUUCAAUUGAUACAGCAAAUUCUGUUGGAUAAAAUAAUGAUCGAACGUUGUACAAAUGCUGGUGAUUUGAUUCGUAAAUCUAAUUCCAAAUGGAAAGCAUGUACAAAAAUUGAAAAAUUACUAAACAACAAAAAAGAAUAACUUUGAUGGCUUUUAUUUUGUUUCACGGAAACAAAUAUAAAAUAAUUCAUGCUUUUGCUUGUGUGUGU